AUGGAGUCCAAUACAGGAGCCGGAGUGCAGUAUGACCGCUGGAACGAGGACAACAUCAAUGUGGACGUGGAAGCAGGACAGUCCUCUCUGACUAGGAUGUACAGCCGAGUGUGUGGGAGCAGUGCAGGGGUCGCUGUGAAGGCUGCUGGGGCUCUGGCUGCUCUGCUCGCCCUCUACAUCCUCGGAUAUGUGACAGGAUUCUAUGUCCACAAGUGUGGAGUAUAG